AUGUUUACAUUUCAUGGCCUUUUUAACAAUUAUUACGUGCCAUUAGUAUAUUUUUUGUUAAAAGAUAAGCAAACUAUUUCUUACUCCAAAGCAUUUAAAGCUAUUGAUUUAGAAUGUUCAAAAUUGUGCCAAGAUUUUAAGAUUGAUGUAAUUUAUGUUGACUUUGAAGUUUCUAUUCACAAGGCAAUUCAGAAAAUUUGGCCAGAAACAUUGAUAAAAGGAUGCCGAUUUCACCUAGGACAAUCAUGGUGGCGAAAGAUGCAAGACCUGGGCUUAGCUAAAGAAUAUGGGACGAAUGGAGAAGUUGGCAACUAUCUAUCAUAUAUUUUUGGAUUAUCGUUUUUGAGUCCAGAUGAAGUUGGUGAUUUUUUUUCAUUUGAACUAUCAGAAAUACAACCGGUUGAUUCUAAAAUUGUAGAUUUUGCUGACUAUUUAGUCAACAACUAUAUUUCAGAAGAAUCACUAUUCCCUCCAUCAAUAUGGGCAGAAAAGAGUUCAAGUUUACAGCGAACUACAAACGCGUAUGUUUUAAAGAUAAUUCAAACCGAUACUGUAGUGUUAGUUAGAAGCUCGCUAAUUUCUAUACGUCAAUAUAGAAAACAACGCCGAAACAACAUUUUAUUUGUUGAAAAUCAGAUAAAAAAACUAAAUGAAAAUAAAAUAACAAGGUUACAUUUUGUAAAAAGCUUAUCUAAUAAGUAUAAACCUAAUUUUUGACUGACAUUUUGAUUACUAACAUUAUUGUUAUUAUUAUGAUUAUUAUUUAUUUAUUUAUUAUAUUAUGGACUAUAUUGAUUUUGUUUAGAUCUAAGUGAUUUAACGUUUAUUUACAAUUUUUCGACUGACAUUUUGAUUACUAACAUUAUUGUUAUUAUUAUGAUUAUUAUUUAUUUAUUUAUUAUAUUAUGGACUACCUAUAUUGAUUUUGACUA